AUGAAGAUCUCUACUACUCUCUCUAUACUACCUGGCUCUUCAUCAAGUCUCUGGACAACCGUGCAUUCGGUUGGCACAUUCAAUGUCGCCUGUUCAUUUGCAGCACUUUGGGCCUUUGUCAAAGUUCUAAGGGCACUCCGCUGGCGAUUGAAGACGACUCAACUGCGGGGUCCACCUCGUUCCAGCAUCGUAUAUGGCGUUUCGAACGACCUCGUCUCAUCUACAGAUACUGCUGCAAUGUAUGAACGUUGGGCGGACGAAUAUGGGGUAGUAUAUAUGAUUCCGAGCGUCCUCGGGCAGACUAAAAUCGUGCUGUGUGACCCAAAAGCUAUAGCACAUUUUUAUGCCCGAGAGACAUGGACCUAUGUACAGACGCCCCUUGCGUCAGUUUUCCUAGAGGGCUUUAUCGGCAGAGGGCUACUAUGGGCUCACGGUGAAAGCCACAGGAGGCAGCGGAAGGCCCUCACGCCAGCUUUUAGUAACGCAGCUAUUCGGAAACUCACAACCGUGUUUUAUGACUCAGCAUACAAGGUCAAGGGUGCAUGGGAUACCUCUAUAGAAUCGAGCAAGGAUGGCAAUGCGGUCAUUGAAGUCCAGAACUGUCUAGAUACGAUUGGCAUCGCCGGUUUCUCCCAUGAUUUUGGCUCGCUCGAUGGGAAGCACGCUACCGUGACCGAAGUGUUUGAUACGUUCGGGAACGAUUCACAGGCCUCAGCGGUGAACAAGGUUUUUAUUUUGCUCGCGGAAGUAUUUCCUACCAUCGUCAAGAUUCCCACUAAGCGGACGAUUCUGACCAAGAAACUUGGCGUAACCAUGAGCGAAAUAUCCAACAAAUUGUUGAUUCGCAGUCGCCAGGAGAAGGGCGCAAACAUAAACGAGGCAGAAGAGGAAAAUCCCUUCAUUUACGUCACGACAACAGUCAAAGCCGAAGGUCAGGAUGCCGAGCUUCGCCUGUCCGAGGAGGAAGUAGUUGCUCAGGUCCGUGGAGACUAUUCUAGCGACGAAUUUCAAGCUAACGUCAUGCAGAUGAAGGUCUUGCUUGUCGCAGGUUAUGAGACGACAUCCGUCAGUCUUACGUAUUCAUGGAAUCAUCAGUGGGCACUGAUCGAACUAUCGCGACACCUCGAUGUCCAAACCAGACUCAGAGAGGAACUGCUUGCGUUUGGUGCUGAUCCGACAUAUGACCAAUUAAAAGCCAACCUCCCGUUCUUGGAUGCUGUUGUCCAUGAAAUUCUACGACUCCAUCCCCCGAUAUCCGAAUUCGUUCGGCUUGCAGCCGCAGAUGAUGUUAUUCCUUUGGGUGAACCUGUGCGCACGGCGUCCGGGAAAAUGACCGACAGUAUAUCUGUAGCCAAGGGGUCAUUGAUUACGAUCUCAGCCGGAGCAAUCAAUCGCUCUUUCUCCAUCUGGGGACCUGACGCAAAGGAAUUCAAGCCUGACCGUUGGCUAACUGAAGGGGGCAUCAGUGGAAGGCCAAGGAAGUCCAAGACGGUUUUAUCGGUUCUGGUGAAGAAUUUCAUGUUUGAGAUGCGGGAUGGACCAGAUACUCAGCUUGAGAUUGCGAGGGGGAUUUUACCUCGUCCGCGGGUUGUUGGAGAGGAUGGUACCGGAGUACCUUUACGCGUUCGUCGGUACGAAUGA